GUGUAGUGUAGCGCGCUCGCGACAGUACCGACCGGUCGACGACUACAAAUUCGCAUUUGACAAAAUUCGUUGGUUUUUCGUUUUGUUUUGGUUUUUUUUUUUCAGUUAUUUUGUUUCACCCCUUUACAAUUGAUUGUACCCGAAAAUCGUUCUCCUUAAUAUUCUUUCGUGGUUUCGCAUAUUUAUUUUUGUGAUUGCGUUUUGUGUGCUAUAUAAUAUAUGGAAAUUCGGAAAAAAAAGAUUUAAAAAAAUGCCGUUUAAUCAUUAUUAAUGUAAUUGUUAUUAUUUUUUUUUUUUUUUACUAUUUCGAUUCGAAAUUUAUUAAAAUCAAUAGUGAUAUAUGAUCGCCCUUGGAAUUUAACUCAAAUCUACUAAAUGUGUUUGGGCGGCGUCCACUACGAACUCGCGGCGGCGUCAUGGCGGACACGAUCUGAGCUGCAGUUGCGGAUGCGGCGCGUACACAGCCGCGGCCGAUGUGGAUCCCGAUGAUGGCUGCGGCCGCACAACACGACAGGGUCGUACUGUCACCGCGCCGGUUGCAGCAGCACCAACAGCAGCAGCACACUCCGUCGCCGGAUCGCGAUCGACAUGGCCAGCGCACAUAUCUGCACAUGGUGCCCAUGUUACCUCCACCUGCCGUCCCUGCGACCAAUGACGGUCAGGACACAAUUAUUUCGGAUCGCCUCCAAGACACUUCAUUCCAAUAUACAUCCACCGCACCAUCAGUCAUUUCAGGAAAUGCAUUUACUACCCCGUCAAAAAUCCCCAACUCCAUCAACAAACUGAACUUAAUACAGUCACACUCCAAUAAAUGGGGCAGCUCAAGAAAGGUGCACGAAAGAUCCACUGGACCGGACUGGUUCGAGACGAAAAUGGCAAACGCUAAGCUAGAGAAAAAAAAAUCGUCGAAGUGUUUUUGGAGCUCGUCAUUCGUAGUGGACCCAACCACGCACUUCCAUUAUAAGUGGCUUAUGUUAGUAACCGUCACAAUUCUAUACAAUUUGGUAUUUGUGAUCGGCCGUGGCGUAUUCUGGGAGCUGAACAAUGCGAUGCCGACCAUUUGGUGGAUACUGGACUACGCUUCUGACGGGAUCUACGUAGUCGACACACUAGUACAUGCACAUGAAGGUUUCCUGGACCAAGGUCUCAUGGUCCGCAAUUCUCAUAAGCUGCGGGAAAACUACUUCAGCACGUCCAAAUGGAAAUCAGACUUCCUGAGUCUGCUUCCCACCGACUUGGCGUACUUGUGGUGGCCGUCCGGCAGCUGUUCGGCAUACGUCCUGCCCUGUCCUGUAAUCGUCCGUGCCAAUCGACUGCUCCGAGUACCGAGGAUGCUGGAGUUCUUCGACCGAACAGAAACCAAAACCGGGUACCCAAACGUGUUCCGCAUUUGCAAGGUGGUGUUCGCCAUACUUAUACUCAUACACUGGAACUCAUGCUUGUAUUUCGCUAUAAGCUAUGUGAUCGGGUUUGGGUCAGAUAAUUGGGUGUACAACUUGCAAGGUACUAGGAAUUCAUCGCUUUCUAGACAGUACAUUUACUGUUUUUAUUGGUCGACACUGACGCUCACAACUAUAGGAGAGACACCGCAGCCGGAAAACGAACUGGAACACGUGUUCGUGGUGGCCGAUUUCCUUGCCGGUGUGCUCAUUUUCGCCACUAUCGUGGGCAAUAUCGGCAGUAUGAUCAGCAAUAUGAAUGUGGCCAGGGUAGAGUUCCAGAAUCGCAUGGAUGGCGUUAAACAGUACAUGGCCUUCCGGAGGGUUUCCAAGGAGCUGGAGGCAAGAGUUAUCAGAUGGUUUGCCUAUACCUGGGCUAACAAACAGGCUCUCGAUGAAGAACGUGUAUUGGCCGCUUUACCAGACAAACUAAAAGCUGAGAUAGCUAUACACGUACAUCUCGACACAUUAAAGAAGGUCGAGAUAUUUCAGGACUGCGAACCUGGCCUAUUAGAAGAACUCGUGCUCAAGCUCAGACUCCAAGUGUUCAGCCCUGGAGACUACAUAUGCCGUAAAGGAGAUGUGGGCAAAGAAAUGUACAUAGUAAAGAGAGGCAUUCUUAGUGUCGUUGCCGACGACCAAAAAACCGAAAUCGCCACUUUAAGCGCUGGAAGCGUUUUUGGAGAGGUAAGCGUACUAGAAAUAGCUGGAAACAAAACAGGCAAUCGUCGCACAGCCAACGUCCGGAGUUUAGGGUACUCUGAUCUAUUUUGUCUGUCCAAAAGAGAUCUCUGGGAAACACUAAGGGAUUAUCCCGAAGCUAGACACAGCCUAAUGCAACGUGGUUGUCAGCUACUGCGAAAGGAUAGACUAUUAGAUGAGGACGCGUUCCUGCAAGCUCAGACACAAAAUGAAACCAUAAACGAAGCAGUGUCUAGAUUAGACUGUAACCACUACGUGUCCCCGAACCGAGGCGUGGAAGGAUACAUUAGAUUAGCCAACAGCAGGGACGAAUUCGGACAGCCGACUCUGCGGCAGUCCAAUCGCAAGCAGUCAAAGAACAAGUCAAAAUUCUCGACGGUCGUUAUCAAACCAAACCGGAAGCAAUUCGCUCAAGUUUAUACCACAAUGAAAGAUGUGACUUCUCGGUUGUCAAAUCUCGUGACCGAAUAUUACAAUCAAAAUGUCAAGCUCAAUGAAAAAAUUACCGAAUUGGAGGAACAAAUACGAGUUGUCAAAUAUCAUUCAAUAACUGAUUCAAAAUACGAGGAUCAACAGGGUUCGAAUGUUGAAAAUGACUCAACUUCGUCAUCUAGCCAAUCAACGGUAUUCGGGACUUAUGCCACAAGGAGAUCGUUUAACGUUCCCAAGAAUUCUUGGGCUCGAAGGCGUCGUAAACUUAAGUCCACCUGAUGUUUAACGGACGGGCUAUCUCAUUUACAGGAUCCAUAUGCCUCGGCUUAAUAUAAACCACGGUGAUUAGUGUAUAUUCUUGAUAUUGGAUAGUUAAAAAAAAAAAUCAACUGCCAAUAUUUAAGUGCAUUGUAUACAUACGGUUUAUAUUUAAUAAUGGAUCUAUGUAGGCAAAUAAUUGUGAGGUAGUCUACUGAAAUGUACAUACGAAAAUAUAUAUAAUAUAAUACAUAAAACAAAAAAUUGUACGCCAGUCGGCAGUCAACUUUCUAUUACGAUUUACGUUUCAUUGUUAGGAGGAAUCGAAAUAUUUUAAAACUAGUAUCAUGGUAUUUUCAUUAGCCCAACAAGAGCUUUAUGGUGAUAUCAAAAAUACUGUAAAAUAUUCCUACAGAAAAAUGUUUUCUUGUCUACAUUGUUUGGUUUUUAAAUAAUUUAACUUAUUUCAUAGUACCUAUAAUUUUACGUAAAAAAAAUAAUCCAGUUAAAAUAUUCCCACGAUUUAUCAAAUAUAAAUUUUUAAAAUACCAAAAUAACCAUAAAGUAUGUGCAUCACGUUCUUGUGUUCAUUUGGUUUGUAAAAAGUAAUGUACCUAAUAAAAUUAAUAUUUUAAUUUUUAUAACACCCACUACGUUUAAAAAUUAAAUUAAAAUGUUAUGAUUAGAUAUAUUAUUUUGUUACAUGAGAAUCUUACGAUAUUAAAUUCUAAUUUAUAUAGAUUUAUUUUUGUUGAACAUUCGACGUCCUAAACUUGGGUACAAACAUGAAACAAUUGCUAAACACAAUUAGUUUAAUGUUAUAUAAUAGUAAAUAUCUACUACAGAUUGUAAUAGAAUAUAAACCCAAUUUAAUUUAUCUUGUAACAAAAUAUAUUCUCACAAACAUUUUAUUGUACAUAGUACAUACCGCAAUAAUAUGAUUAAAGUUAUUUGAAUUGAGUGACGUAUUACUGUUGGGUCCCAUAGACCCAAAUUUACGCCUAAUAGAGUCCAAAAAAUAUCAUAUAAUAUUACAAUUGAAUCCAAAAUACAUUUAAAAAAAACAUUUUCCUUCCUAUUUACAGACUUAGGACUGUCAAAACGCAAUAUGUCAAAAAAAAUCUAAAAAAUUGGACUCUGUUAAGCAUAUUAUUGGACGGAAUUCAGCCAUAAAUAUAAUUCCGGAUCUGGGACUGAACUCUGUAUAACUCCCGAAUUGAGUGCCAUUGCUUGGGGAUUCUUUGUAGGUAUACGUCGACCGUAGGUUUCCUUUUACAUUCAAAUCUUUUACCUGGCAAUCAAUAGAAAACAUUGGGUAAGAAACACAAAAUGCGGAGAGGGUGAUAAAAAAGGUAUAAAGAUUGAAAAAUUUCCGAGAACUAUUAAUAAACAAAAUGGUUCCAUAUAAAUUAAAUAUUAAAAUACUUUCAUGUAUUUUUUUUUUUUUGAUGGCAGUUGGAUCAAAUAUUUUUUAAACGAUUCAGCGUUCAGUUGCAAUUUUACGAAACAUGCACAACAGUUAUGGCACAAAAUAUAACUACAAUAAGUUAUCUAUAAAAUUACAAAAUCUUAAAUUAAUUAAAUGUAUAAUAGGAACAUAGGAUCACUUUUCUUCGUAUUAGUUUUAGAUUUAUUCAUUCAUUGUAUGUUUACUUUUGCUGUCUACUCGUCAGUCAUCCAUAAAAUUCGUUAUUUAUUCUAAAGCCUAAAAUUGUAAUAGUUAUUAUUACCCUCAACUUUAUUCAUAAAAAAAAUUGUCUAUAAUUAAAUAAUACGCAACAUUGUAUCCAAAAUUAAUCAAAUAUUAAUAGGUACCUCCUAUAUUAUAUUAAACAAAACUGUUGACCAACAAAAUUGUAUUACAUUUUUCUAACAAUAUUGUACAGUGGGUACUUACUUACAUGGAUUGUUGUAAAAUACAUUUUAAGAUGUAUUUUAUUAUAUUUUCAAUGAUUCCUAAAGUAUUUAUUUUAAUACUAAUUCAUAAUAUUAUUGGCUAUUUCGAUUUUGAUUUUGCAUAAUGCAAACUGCAUACACUAAUAUCACGCACCAAGCAUAGUUAUUGAAUCGUGUUAUGGAAAUGGAAGCCGUGUAAAUAAACACAACCAUUGUCAUGAUGUUUCAUUUACGUAUAUUAUAUUAUAUACAUUCGAAAUAACGUUAGUUUAGCUUAACUAAUUACAGUGAAAUACUUGUAGGUACGAUGUAAUAUAUGAUAAUGUGAUAUUAAUCCAUCUCUGAAUGCACCGCAAUAAUAAUAUCAACAAAAAAAUUAUUAUUUCUAAUAUCAAGAGUAUCCGAGGUACACACUAAACGAAUAUAAUAUUUAUAACCCCGUACAUUUUGGAUUAGGUUUGUCAUUCACUGUACAACAAAGGUGGGUCAUUCAAUAAUUUGAGAUCGUUUUCUUUCACUAUAGUAUACUGUAUUAUUUAUAAAAUCGAUAAAUUAAGUUUAAACGUCGGUCUAUAAAUGACUCAUUCACGUAAAUUACAACAUACAGUGACGUGCAAUGCGGGUUAGAGUUACAACUGUCAUCCCCCAAAAUUUCUAGUGCCCUAUAUUUUUUUUAGUUGAAAAAUAGAUUAACUGGCGGGGUUUAUUCGAUCAAUCUUUAGAAAGAAAAAUGUUAAUUUAAAAACCCCUUCUGUCUUCAGAGAUAAACAGAAAAAUAAUAAAUAUAAAACCCUGCAUACGACGAUACUGCUGAGUACAACUACGACAAAAAUAUGCAAAGCUCAAAUAACAAAACUACAAUCUAGUUAAAACUAGUUUGUAAAACAUACGUUCAUUGUUGAUUUGUCAAAUCUGUAUAUCUAUAUGUUAUAAGUACCUAUUAUUUUUUUAUGCUACACUGAACACGUGUAGUUUGUGUUAACAAUAUUAUCUUUAUUGUUAUGUAGUCAUUUGUAAUUUGUAUAACUAUAUAAGCGAAUCCACUUAAAUUUAUAUAAGUACAGUUAUAAAUGUUAUAAAUAAUAUUAUAUAGUUUUAAAAGAGUACUUACUGUUAUUAAAGUUAUUGAUAUUAUUAACGUGUAGAUACGAAAUGGCGAAGAGUACGACAAAAAUAUACAUAAUAUAUAUUUUCUUUUGUACAUACAUUGUUUGACGUUCGUUACUUAUAUAUACAGCAUAAUAUUGUGCUAUGUAUUUUACAUCAAAUAAAACUACGAAAUUAUGUUUAAGUUUUUUACCAUACAAAACUAGCUUUAGGAAAGAUUGUAUUAUUAAAAGUAAAAACCCGUGCAGACAAUAUUGUAUAUUACACUUACAUGGAUUUAAUAGGAAACACGUUUUAAGUUGUAUUAUUAUCAUUAUAUAAUAUAAUAUAUUAUAUAUACUUUAUAAUGCAAUUUGCAAUUUUGUACAUGUGCACCGUAAUUUUUACAUAAUAUGUAUACAGUAUUUAUAUAAAUUACAUAUACGAGUAGGUAGGUAUGUACAAUAUAUAUAUAUAUAAUAUAUUGUGUUUUAACGAUGUUUAAAUUUCGGCGACAACUGCACGGUAAAAUGAACUUCAUUUAUAAUAUGAUAUAUAAUAUAACGGUGUACAAAUAUAUCAAUUCACGUCUAUAAUUCAUUUAGU